AUGAUCGCCCGCCCGACGAUGUUUACAUAUUUGUAUCUCACACUCAUGUGCACCGCCAUACCACUUCUAUCCUCCGCACCAGGAGAUGAUACUAACAAUGAUGAACAGCCGACGAUUAAUCACUAUGCGCUUAAAAAUAAUCCAGUUUGGUUAAAACAAGAACUAAUGAACAUUAAUAAUCCUGAUUUAUAUAAAUUAUUAUUAGUCAAACGUUAUCAGCAACAAGCAUUUCAUGCUAUGAGAGGAAAACGAAUGUUAGGUUGA